AUGGAGUGGGAACGCAAGAAGGCGCACAGAGGCGCAAUGAAACUAUGGUCAUACAUCUUCUCCUUCUCCUGCAUGGACGACGGCAGAACCGGAUGUGCUCUCCAACGCGUAUCUAGGCAAUUUCGAGAGUUAUCUAAGCAUUCCAGGCUCACCUCUGUCUGUCUUUAUCGAUCGAAGGAUAUUCUUAGGUUCGAAGCCGUGAUUGACCGACUUCCACCUAAUGAGAGACGGGUUCGAUACCUUCAUAUCACGUCGCCCCAUUUGUUUUUGGACGUUUCGGAGGAUGACGAUGAUGGGGAUUAUAGGGAAUGCGAUUUGUCAAGCUUGGACAUUGAUACCGAUAAUGACGAUAGGCCCUCCGAGGGAAGUCUAGACGAGAACCUGGAAAUAGAUUCUGACAAUAGCGACUCGGAUGGAGGCGAAUACCAACUGCUCUCAAUCGUCGAGCAGGAAGAAGUCCACAACGAUAUCACAUACCUCGAAGCUCCUCCAAUUUCUGAGGAGUACUCCGCAGCGCCAGUCCACGAAGGCAAAGACUCCAUGGCAGAGUAUAAAUUAGAGAUGGAUCAAGCAAACAGCAUUAUCUUGGCCGCAGUCAACAACAUCAUCUCCACCCACUCUUCCACCCUCUAUGCACUGAGUAUCCACUGGACAAAAGAGUUCAGCUCGGGAUAUCUCUCUAUCCCAGAUUUCAUCCCGCCCUCCCUCAACCUCCCCUGCCUUACCGAGCUAUAUCUCUGUCUCAACCUCCGUUCAUACACGAACGACCCCACUCGCGACACAUACCCCGAGUCUAUGUUUUACGGGGGAAAUUACCAGAAGAAGUUCAACGAUCUGGAUUUGCCAGCCUUACGACGGUUGAGAUUAGCGGGGUUGGCGUGGCCCUAUGGUCGUCCAGCCUACAGCGGCGACUUCAGCUCAAUCACAUUCCCAAUGAAGCUUUUCAUCGAGCUCCCAGACGAGACGUUGCCGGACAGAGACGAGGAGAAUGUAGAAUCUCUCAUCACUGACCCCGAGAAGGUUGGGCGUGUUGGAUACCAUCAAACCUGGGGAUCUCAUUUUGUCCUCGGCGCUUGCCCAUUUACGCAAAGGGAGUGGUCGAGUAGGCACCGUAUUGCGAACAUAAUGUAA